GUUCAACUUAGACCUCGGCAACCGACAACAAAAUGCGGUACUCGCAUGUCCCAGACGCCCCCAGCGUCUCGCAGCGUCUGCUGAUCACCCCUUACGAUGGUGCCGCAUGCCGGGCUGCCCUGCGCGGGGAACAAGUCCCUCUAAACCUUGGAAACGAUGUGGCCCGCGCCGCCCUCGAAGUCUUUAACCGCGCACGCAACGCGCGGCGGAUCAUGAGCAACUCGAUUCCACCCAUCGAGAUUAUGCCUGACGAGGCCCACUACCCCUACUGCAUCUGGUACCCGGACCUGGCCGACGAAGCUACCUACAGGGCGCUCUUCGAGCGCUACCCCAAGAUGCGCUACCAGAUCGGCCGCGCUUGCGCCGUCGCCGGCUACGACGAGCUGUACUCCGAGCUCAAGAUCCUCCCAGACGUGUCCAUCGCCGAAGAGGCGCGGGAGAACCGCGACAACGCCGGCGCCCAGAGGAUCUACCAGCAGAUCAUGGCCGCACCGACGCGGUACCGCGUCAUGGACGACGGCAUACCCGGCAUCCAAAUCCAAAUCCCCCCCGUGCCGGCCGUCCUCAACGCCGAUACCGCCGUGCGCGCAACCCUAGACGUCAGGCGGCAGUACUGCGAAUCCUUCCAUCCCGACAACCACUUCUUCAACAUCACCGAGGACCACCACAUCGGCGAGACCGACGCCUUCCCGCCGCCCGCCCUGCUCGGCCCCGACGACAUCGCCCUCUUCCUAUGCCCCCUCAAACCCGACCUCCCCUCCAUGAACAAAACCCUCCUCACCCUGCACGCGGCCGCCACAGGCAACAUCGACCGGUACGCCCAGCUGCGGCGGCGCGACCUCCAACCGGCCGCCACGCGCGUGCACGGCGUGCGCUUCGAGGUCGUCUGCCUGGCGCGCGGCUGCCACGCCAGCAGCGGCAUGGCGGCGUGGCUGGCCAGCACGCCCGCCUUCCUCAACGGCCUGGGCCUGCACGAGCGCGAGCGCGUCAUGCUGUGGCGGGCGAUCCGCGCGCGGCGCAUCAUGGACGGGGUGCGCGACGCGGCGGUCUUCUCGGGCGCGGUGCCCGACGCCGAGCUGCCGUACUGGAUCUGGCGGCCCGCGCUCCCGCCCGCGGGCCUGCUGCGCGAGCUGGCGGUGGUGAGGCCCGUGAUGCGGCCGCAGAUCGUGCGGGCGUGUAUCGCGGCGGGGUAUAAGGAUGUGUAUGAUGAGGUGAUGGAGAUGGGGGGUCCUGGGGGCAGGGUGACGCCGGAUCGGUUGAUGCUGCGUGAGGCGCGGCGGGCGGGGGACCACUAUUUUAAGGAGGAUUUGCUGCGGCGCGGGGAGAGGUUGGGGGUGAAGCGGUUGGCGGUGUGUGAAGGGUAUCAGAACUGGAUGGACGCGCCGUCGCCGUGGGAGAGGGAGGUGGAGCUGGGAUGUACCAGUCUCAGCUUUCUGCGGGAUUCGACGUCGGAGUUGCACAGUGAUGAUGGGGAUCACAAGUUCGAUCGUGGCUUCUUUGAUGGCUUUGACGUCUCGCUGGAUAAGAUCAACUUCAUGCUAUCUCAGCAAGGAGGGCCGGGCGUACCGGAGUUGUAAGGUCGAUUUGGUACGGACGGGUAACUGCUCCCCAAGUAUUCACUAGUCACUAACUAAGGUAGUCACUAACUAGUCCCUACCGAGUAGGACAAUGACGGCGGCGGACCGGCGGUACCAUCUGAAUAAUGUUAGGUAACCUGUAAAGAUCGCGUGGAUAAUCCAUUAUGGUCGUCGGGGUUCGCUACUAAAAGUCCCAACUCUGGAUUAGCAUAAUUAAUUGAUCAGCAUGAG